AUGUUCAAGGCUGGGGCGCAGCUAAGGAUGAGGUGGAAGCUUUGCGACCGUGUAAAACGUUCCAAUCGAGGAGAAAGGAUUUCCCUCUUCGCUCAGAACGUUUUACACGGUCGCAAAGACUGCAACACAUCCUAA